AUGAAGGGUUCGAUCUUUGCGGCUGCCGCCCUGGUGGGCUCUGCCCUGGCCGAUGGCCACCUCCACCGUCGCCAUGAGGCGAUCCACAACCGUCGUGAUGCCUCCAGCUCCUCCAUCGCGGCUGUGACUCCCUCCUCGCUGGCCCCCGGCCCCGAGGAGACCUGUGGCUGCACCACCAAGGUCAUCACCUACUACGGCUCCCCGACCCUGGUGCCCGUGUCCUCGACCGAGUCGACCACCACCUUCACCAGCACUGUCCACUCUACCAGCACCAGCACCAUGACCGUGACUGUGACCCCCUCCUCCGUGGCUGCUGUUUCCUCGGCUCCCUCCAGCUCCACCGUCCCGGUGGUCCUGCCCACCCCCGGUGUGACCAGCUUCUCGUCCACCGGUAUCUACACCGUCCCGGCCACCACCCUGACCGUGACCGAAUCCACCACCGUCUGCGGUGCCACCACCACCGAGGUCCCCAGCGGCACCCACACCAUCGGCGGUGUCACCACCGUUGUCGAGACCGAGACCGUCAUCACUUGCCCCUACGCCACCGUGAAGCCCUCGGGCACCACCGUGACCAGCGUCAUUGAGUACACCACUUACACUUGCCCCGCUGCUGGUACCUACACCGUUGUCCCUGGUACCGUCACUACCGUGCCCACCAGCACUGUGAUCGUCUACCCUACUCCCCUGACCAUCACCCCCGGUACCUACACCCAGACGGAGACCGUCGUCACUGUCACCGAGACUGACUACACCUACGUCUGCCCCUUCGCCACCAGCGGUCUGGCCACCACCACCGCUGCUCCCGUUGUGGCCACCACCACCGCGGUGCCCGUUGCCGCUGCCACCUCCACCACCGCUGCCGCUGCCGUCAGCACCAGCAGCUCCACCACUGGAUCCGGUGUCACCGGUGAGGGCCAGUACGGUAUGACUUUCUCUCCCUACACCCAGAGCGGUGCCUGCAUGACCCAGGACGAGGUCACCUCCAACCUCAAGGUCAUCAAGGGCAAGGGUUUCAACCUGGUCCGUGUCUACUCCACUGACUGCAGCGGUCUCGAGUACAUCGGCUCGGCCUGCAAGGAGCUCGGCCUGAACAUGAUCCUCGGUGUCUACAUUUCGAGCACCGGCACCUCCGGCGCUCAGGAGCAGGUUGAGGCCAUUGCCAAGUGGGCUCAGUGGGGUAUGGUCGAGCUGAUUGUCGUCGGUAACGAGGCCAUCUCCUCCGGCUUCUGCUCCGCCGCCCAGCUGGCCAGCUUCAUCACCUCCGCCAAGUCCACCUUCCAGUCCGCCGGCUACACCGGCAAGGUGACCACCACCGAGCCCAUCGACAUCUGGCAGCAGUACGGUUCCUCCACCCUGUGCAGCCCCGUCGACCUCGUCGGUGCCAACAUUCACCCCUUCUUCAACUCCGAGGUCACCGCCGAGAAGGCUGGUGAGUUUGCCCUGUCCGAGUUCAAGCUCCUGGAGUCGAUUUGCAACAAGGACGUCCUGAACCUGGAGACUGGCUGGCCCAACGCUGGUAACGCCAACGGCGCUGCUGUUCCCGGUGUCGCCGAGCAGGAGACCGCCGUCAAGUCCAUUGCCAAGGCCCUCGGCUCCAAGUCCAUCUUCUUCUCCUACGCCAACGAUGACUGGAAGGCUCCCGGCGCGUUCGACGUCGAGCAGCACUGGGGUUGCGCUCCCGUCUUCUAA